GGGCAUGAAUACCCAGAUCGUGUCUAUGAGGUGGCGACCGCUUACGAACUUGACGAUCAUACGGCCUCUAUCAGUCGCCACCUUUGCGGUUACACGACUCCGGCAGUUGGUAUUACUCCAACUGGAGCAACGUUCCGUCGCACAACCAAGAGGGAUGUUUCGGCCGUCAGUUAUACACCAUAUCCAUGGGGAGGACCACGUGCAGUGAAAUUCCCACCGCUCUGUAGUGACGGGAUUAAGAGACCGUACCAGUUCAAUAUCUUAAUAGACGUGACAGCUCGCUCAUCAUCCGAGGACUUCCGUCUUGCUCUGGACCAUCUCUCGUUAUUCUUCCAGAAACGUUUCUCACCUGAUGACAACAUGUUACUGUUUAAUCUGAUGACGGUGAACAGUAAAAAGGUUCUCGAUGCUCGUGCUGGUUUGAUGGUUGGCGAAAUUGGCUACAGCCUGAAUGAUGUCGCUCAAAACAUUGACGAUGACGAGUCGGCAAAAUUAGGUGUGGGUAUCGACAGUCUUGUUGAGAUGUCCAAUGAAAACUAUAUCCGUGGUUCGUACAAGAUAAUGCUGAUUAUCAGCGCCGACAGCACUAGCGGUGAUCAAGUGUUACCAUCGGCAGAGUUCGCUGCUGGCGAUUUUGGCCACAGUAUAAUCGGCUUAUCUGUCCGCAAACCAUCCACAGAUCUGCUGACUAAAAUGACCGGAUCAGGAACAAGAGUUAUACAUCUUGACUGGACAUCGCCGAAUGAGCUCUUUAACAGUUGGUUUGCAUACUCAAUUUGUGACUAUGUCACUGCAACCACCGUCAAGACAAUCCCAACAACCAAACUCAAGAGUACUCAUCCUAGAAAAACUACAACAGCUCCGGCUACUCUCUCAGUACCAACAAACGUUGAAGCAGUUCCACUAUCGCCCUCAUCAUUCUCAGUGUCAUGGACUUGUUGCACGAAUAGAAAAGCGAAUUCACACCGAUAG